UUGGCACGCGCAUUUACGCUCGCUGAUGAGACCAAAUCCGCGCUCGCGCACCAAAUCCACUUACUGUCCGGUAGUGGAGGCCCAGACCGAGCCGUUUCCGUUCGUUAAUUAAACAAUCCUCCCCGGUAAAGCCUCUGUCAGACGGUGAGACCGGCGGAGGUGUUUCGGUGAGUCUCUUUGACGGUUCCUGGAGGAAGAAUGGCGGAUUCCAGCAGCACCGCAGCGGCCGGGACCGAAGCCUCCAACGGCGCUGCUGCUGCCGGGGCGUCGGGGAAGACUGCGACCGACGCUCCGCCCGCUGCUGCGGCAUGCAAGACCGAGACCGUGAGGGGCCAGAACUUUGAUGUGGGCCCCCGGUACACGAACCUGGCCUACAUCGGGGAGGGCGCGUAUGGGAUGGUGUGCUCCGCCCUGGACCACGUGACAAACCAGCGCGUGGCCAUCAAGAAAAUCAGCCCGUUCGAGCACCAGACUUACUGUCAGCGCACGCUGAGGGAAAUCAAGAUCCUUCUGCGUUUCAACCAUGAGAACAUCAUCGGCAUCAACGACAUCCUGAGGGCACGGCACAUCGACAACAUGAGGGAUGUCUACAUCGUGCAGACUCUAAUGGAGACGGACCUUUACAAACUGCUGAAGAGCCAGCGGCUGAGCAACGACCACAUCUGCUACUUCCUCUACCAGAUCCUGAGAGGCCUCAAGUACAUCCACUCUGCCAACGUGCUGCACCGCGACCUCAAGCCCUCCAACCUGCUCAUCAACACCACCUGCGACCUCAAGAUCUGUGACUUUGGCCUGGCACGGAUAGCUGACCCCGAGCACGACCACACGGGUUUCCUGACUGAGUACGUGGCCACGCGCUGGUACAGAGCUCCAGAGAUCAUGCUCAACUCAAAGGGCUACUCUAAGUCCAUCGACAUCUGGUCAGUGGGCUGCAUCCUGGCUGAGAUGUUGUCCAAUCUGCCUCUCUUUCCUGGGAAACACUACCUGGAUCAGCUCAACCAGAUCCUGGGCGUCCUCGGCUCGCCGUCUCAGGAGGAUUUGAACUGCAUCAUCAACAUGAAGGCGAGGAACUACCUGCAGGCCCUGCCACCUAAAGACAAAGUCCCAUGGGAGAAGAUCUUCCAGGCUGACUCGAAGGUUCUUGACCUGCUGGGCCGCAUGCUGACCUUUAACCCCAUCAAGCGUAUCAGUGUGGAGGAGGCUCUGGCUCACCCGUACCUGGAGCAGUACUACGAUCCCACAGACGAGCCGGUAGCAGAGGAACCCUUCACUUUCUCCAUGGAGCUGGACGACCUGCCCAAAGAGAAGCUGAAGGAGCUGAUCUUUGAGGAAACGGCUCGUUUCCAGGAAAACUAUCAGGGCUCCUGAGACACACAGCCCUGGAGGGUGUUGAAGCCGCGCGGAGGCUUGGAACAAGAAGACCCUAAACGUUGCGCUGAAACAAAAGAAAAAUGCAUCUUCAAGAAAGCAACAAAAAGAGAAAACCAAGAACUACGAACAUUUAACUGCUUUACUUUCCAUUUCUACUGCAAGAGAGC